AUGGUGGAAAAUGCACCAAGAACUUCAUUUUGGUCAAAAUAUGAAAAUAUUAUACUGGAUAAAAAUUCUAGCAUAGAACCUUCAUUCAAAGAAUUUAGAGAUAAAAUCCAUGCAGAUUUUUGUACUAAAGAUGAUUCAAAACGUUGGGAAUGUUGUGAUCAAGCUAAUCAUCCUAGUUGUUCGACAAUACCAUCAAAUGCUAAAGCAAUUCAAACAAUGAUGGAGGAUCCAGAAAUAGAUAUUAGUUUAACAUUUGCUUAUCUUUGGUGUACAAAAGCAUGGAAAUAUUUUAAACGUGUAAAUGAAACAGCACAACAGCUACUUUUAAAUGAUAUAAUCCAAGGUUGUCCAGAUCCGUGUUUUGGAAAUCCAUGUCGAACAGUUAAAGGUGUAAAAGAUAAUUUGUGCACAAUAACUGGAACUUUUGAGAAUGAUUACAAAUGUAACUGUCUUGAUGAUAUGUUAUGGGAUGAAAAUCUACUCAUAUGUCAACCAGUCAAUCCAUGUGAUAGUAAAGUUUAUAAGGCAUGUAUUCCUGAAAAUACACUACAAUGUAUUGCCUUUGAUAUUUCAACAUAUCAGUGUAUCUGUAAAUCUGAAUAUAUGGGUGUUGAUUGUUCAUUACCACGAGAUGCAUGUUUUGAACGAGUUGAUAAAUCUCAACCUAAUGGUGAUACUAACUGUCAAAUUCAGCUGGGUAAUAUUUGUCAACCUAUACUUGGAACAGAUUAUUAUACAUGUAAAUGCUUGGCUGGCUAUCAACCAUUAUUGCAUAUCUCUGAGCCUAAUUGUCUUGGACGAAAUGAUCCAUGCUUAACGAUACAACUUACAGAUUUAUUAACACAAACAGCUGUAAGUAAUGACAGUGAAGUAAUAAAACAACUGGAUCAGAAUGAAAAUAAACAUUUAAAUCCUGAUAUUGUUAUUCAAUGGGGUUUAACAUGUUUAAAUGGUGGUCAGUGUGUUGCUUCAGCUGAUUUUACACGGGCAUCAUGUGUUUGUCCAACAGCUGCAGAUGGUUCAUUACUUUAUACUGGUCUAAACUGUGAAUAUCCAGUAGGGAUUUGGUCAACAUGGACAUUGCCUUCACCAUGUUUUCCAGAAGACUGUGGUGUAACACGUUAUCGUUGGAGAAGAAGAUAUUGUUUAAAUGGUACUACUUCAGAAGAUUUACUCGCUCAUAUAACUGAAUCAUCACCAUCAUCUACUGAAUUAAAUGGAUGGACAUAUUCACAUCGAAGAAUGCCACUUGCAUGUCCAGGAACUUCAGAAGAAGUAAGUUACUUAUUAGCUAGGGUUUUCUUUGAGAAAAAAGUAAAAUGUAUACAAGCAUCAUUCUAA